GUCCGACUUCCCUCUCUCUAUUUUGUUCUUUUUUUUCGUCGCUUGGCAAACAGCUUCGUCUGGCUUCCUUGCCUCGGCUAACGGCUAAAAAAACCAGCGAGCACGAUUUCUCCUCUCUCUGUGAGUGUGUUUUUUUUUUACGUGCUCUCUUGUCUGCGGCCAACAUACAGCUAACUGGCGAGCCGUGGACGCUCGGCCAGCUCUGCUGGCCGACUAAGGAGGGCGUCGUGGGCCUCACCGCCGGCGAGUGCGUCCCUGCGGGUGGGCACACUGCCGUCGGUUGUCCAGCACAGCUACAAGUUGAGGAGCUCUGCAGUAAAGGAAGUGUGUAGUCACCAUGGUCCAUUUCAAGAAUAGGUAUAUGGUGGUGGAGAUCUUUAUAGAUGCAGGUAGAGGUGAACAGGACCCUAUAAUCCUCACCCAAUUUAAUAUAACAAAAGUUAUAAAAGACAGCAUUCAGCUCAACUUUGGUGAGUGUGGCCUAGCUGGAUCUCUUGGAUCAUUGCAAGUUAAGUAUGUCAAUCCUGUAACGAAGCUCUGCAUUGUCCGCGUGUCUCGCGAAGACCACCAGAAAGUUUGGGCUGCUAUGACGAUGGUGCGGUGCAUUGGGAAGAUCCCCGUUUCGUUCAACUUGCUCGACAUGAGUGGAAGCAUCAGGGCUUGCAAGAAAGCUGCAUUGGAGUGCGAUGAAGCGAAAUUUGAGCAAUACAAGCUGGUUGCAGGUGAUUGUAUCACGGCAGAGAUCACCCAGUCUGUAGAGAAGUGCUUUGAGAAGAUCAGAGGACUAGAGAGCUAAGCAGAAGAAUUGACAUCAUGUCCACCCACACUCGGAUCCUAAAACCUGCUGACCCUGCACCACAUCCGUGAUCACGUCACACCACAAGUUGUGUGUCCAGCGCCCACCACAGCAACGGCCUCUUGCUGCCAGCAGCCUCCGUGCCUCCAGCAGCUCUCCUCUCCAAGGAAAAGUCUGAAGUCCGCAACCAAACAAGUGUUCUGCAGCUGCUCUUUGCCGUUGGUUGAAGUCUGCAACCAAACAAGUGUUAUGCAGCUGCUCUUUGCCGUUGGUUGGAGUUCUUGGCUCCACACUUUCAGAAAGAAUUCAUGUAUACAUAAAAUUUAUUAUAUAGAGAGUUUGCUUCGUAUAUUAGUAAUUUUUUACCAAACAUGUGCCACGGUGUAUAUAUAGCAAACUAUACCGGGUGGCAAACAAACCAACCCACACGUAUCCAC